GAGGAAGGGGGUCCGGAACCAGCGAUCUGCCCCUCUUUUCCCCAGGGGAGCUGCAGCCGCCCCGUCGAGGUCUGCGAGCGGGCGGGGGUAGCGGUGCCACCCCCGCCGUGGGGACGCGGGACAGAGCGGGCCCGGCGGGGCGGGCAGGGCAGGGCAGGGCGACGCCUCGACGGGCGUCGCGAGGGGAGGGGGGAGCGGCGGGGCGGGCGAGGACACGGCGGCGGGAGGGGGGGAAGAAGCUGGUCCAGGGGCCACCCCCAUCCCCGCGCGCGGAGGGAGGCGAUAGCCCCGAGCUCUCUCCUCCCCUCGGAGCGUCCCGGCUUCCCCGCCAUGUGAGACUCGUCCCCGGCCCCCCCGCUUCGCCCUCCCUCCCUCCUCCCUCUCCCUCGCACACACGCUGCCGGCUCCCCCCGUCCUCGCAGCCUCUCCCCGCCGGCCGCCGAGCCCCGCUGCUCCGCGCCGGCCGCGGCUCCCCGAGGCGGCGGGGGCUCGGCCGCCCGCUCCCUCGCUCCGACGGCCCGCGGUGCCUCUGGGCUCUUGCAGGGCCGCCCGCAGAGACGCCGCCGGCCCGCGGCCCCGCCGCGGGUACCUGCCGCCCGCCGCCGGGCACCGCCGGGACUCUGGCGGCCGCCGCGCCGUCCCGCCCCGACGUGGCUCCGCCGUGGGGCGGCGGCCCCCGCUGCUGCUGCUGCUGCUGCCGCCGCUGCCCCGCGCCCGCCGCCCGCCCCGCCGACGCCGAGAGCGCCGCGGUCCCCGCCGCCCGUCCUGCGGCUCCCGGGGCCGCGGCCGGGGCCGCUCCGGCGGCGGCGGCCCCGGUGGCGGCUGCGGCGGCGGCCGCCGCGGCUCCUCCUCCGCCUCCGCCUCCUCCGCGGCCGCCGCCGCGGGGCCCUAAAGCCGCCCGGCUCAAGAGGAUGGUGCGGCUGGCGGCCGAGCUGCUGCUGCUGCUGGGGCUGCUCCUGCUCACCUUGCACAUCACCGUGCUGCGCGGCGGCGGGGAGCCCCACGCCCCCACGGGCGCCGGCAACCACAGCCAGCGGCAGAACACACUGAGUGCAGAUGACCAUUCUCCUGAAGACAGCUUCACCCUGAACCCCGAGGACCACAGGGAAUACCCCGAUCUCCAGGCUGCCCACCGGCCAUUCCCUAAACAGCGAUUCCGGCAGGAAAACGGGCACACAUCCCUGCAAAGAGAUGGACCCAGAUCUUUCCUCCUGGAUCUCCCAAACUUCCCCGACCUAUCAAAAGCAGACAUCAAUGGGCAGAACCCCAACAUUCAGGUUACCAUUGAAGUGGUGGAUGGCCCCGACACCGAGACAGACAAGGAUCUGCAGAAGGAGAGCAGCAAGCCCAGCUGGCCAGUCCCAUCACCUGACUGGAGGAGCUGGUGGCAGAGGUCCUCCACCUUGACUCGCAUGAGCAGUGGUGACCAGGACUACAAGUAUGACAGCACUACUGAGGACAGCAACUUCCUAAACCCUCUCGGUGGGUGGGAUGGUCAUGCACCCGGUCACCGGACAUUCGAGUCCAAGGAGCAGCCAGAGUAUGAUUAUAUUGACGGUGAGGGCGACUGGAGCCCGUGGUCCCUUUGCAGCGUCACCUGCGGGAGCGGGAACCAGAAGCGGACGCGGUCCUGCGGAUACGCCUGCACAGCCACCGAGUCCCGGACCUGUGACAGGCCCAACUGCCCAGGGAUUGAAGACACCUUCCGGACAGCUGCCACGGAGGUGAGCUUGCUUGCAGGGAGUGAAGACUUCAAUGCCACCAAACUGUUUGAAGUUGAUACUGAUAGCUGUGAAAGAUGGAUGAGCUGCAAGAGCGAGUUCCUGAAGAAAUAUAUGCACAAAGUGGUCAAUGAUCUUCCCAGCUGCCCGUGCUCCUACCCCAGAGAAGUUGCUUACAGCACUGCUGAGAUCUACGAUCGCCUUAAGAGGAAAAACUUUCGCUGGAAAGAUGCAAGUGGUCCGAAGGAAAAACUGGAGAUCUAUAAGCCCACGGCACGAUACUGCAUCCGCUCCAUGCUCUCUCUGGAAAGCACAACACUGGCAGCACAGCACUGCUGCUAUGAUGACAACAUGCAGCUGAUCACCAGAGGGAAGGGGGCAGGCACACCAAACCUGAUCAGCAUUGAAUUCUCAGCAGAACUCCAUUACAAAGUGGACAUUCUGCCUUGGAUCAUAUGCAAAGGGGACUGGAGCCGCUAUAACGAGGCCCGGCCUCCCAACAAUGGGCAGAAGUGCACAGAAAACCCCUCAGAUGAGGACUACUACAAGCAAUUUCAAGAAGCAAGGGAAUACUGAGAAGGUUUUCCUCCUCAGAAAAUUCAGACACAAAGUAGCAUUCGUUUCCUGGAUGCCAAAGAACUGGUGGUGGCUGCUGCAUUGGCUCCUUGACAGGGGUUGAUCAGAUCCUUUCUAAUGAAUGUAUAUAGUUGUAAUAUAAUACAUAAGUAUUUUUCACAGUGUGUGUAAUUUAUAAACACAUAUCUCUCUAUCUCACACACACCUAUUUUUACAUACAGACGUACAUAAAUCUUGUCCUGGUAGGAUUUUAUACUGCAAUAACAUUCAUGUAAUAAUGUGCAUUUCAUUUUAUUUCCCAACUGUAACAUAAUGGGGAGCUGGGGGGUGGGCAGCUGCCUUCACCAUCAGGCCCCAAGGCCCCAGCUGAGGAGGCACAUAUUUAAAAGUUGUUAUAAACAAUAGGAUUGAAGAAUGUACUCUUCCAUAUGGGAAUGGUUUACAAGAUUAAUGCACCUACACCAUCAAUUUUCUCCAUAAUUGAUUUCAUCACUAGUCAUAUCUAAGAAGGGAAGAAUUUUUUUUGGAAGGGUAAUAGUCAAAAGUGAAUACAGAGAAUUCCUGGAGAUUUUUCUCUUGGAAUUCUUCCUGUUACCUUCCAGCUCAGGUCUUUGCAGUCCAUCUGGGGGGUAGGCUUGCAGGAAGAUGUAGCUGUGGUUUUCCUAUAGGCCAGAAAAGGUCUCGAUGCAGUGGAGUCACAAACAACCCACUCUUGGAGCCAUCUCAGAUAUGGAGCUGCAGCUGUCAGGGUUUCCAUCUUAUGCUGGGGAGCAGAUCUUCAGGGCAGCUACCUCUAAACUGAGCACGCUGUGAGUCUUUGGAGGAGUGAGGCCAGAGAAGUAAUCCAUGUCAAAGGAAAAAAAAAUCACAGCUCCUUCCCAGUUUUUAAUAUGAAGAAUGUUUGGAUCUGCUUGUUUCUUUCUUUUAAGAAAAUAAAGAAGUUUAUUUUUUUAAAGGACAGGAAAAGUGGAAUCCAUAUGUUGAAUUUCCCUGGGAUAAAGCAUGCAACCAGCCCUUUCUCCCCAUUUUUCUUAUGCUGAGUGCACAGUGUCCUACAGAAGUAGCUAUUCUUUAAGGAAGCUCUCUGGGAGGAACUAUUGGUGAGUUAAAAUGUCUUAAUUUUUUUAAAAAGCUAGCAUUAUUUUUGUAAAGUAUUUAUUGAAUUGUAACAAUAACUCACAUGUGAGAUAUGUCUCUAACAUGAAAGGUUUCUGUAGAUGGAACUUGAUUGCCAAGAACAUGACUGUUGUUAGGCAAAGGUUUUAAUUCCAAAUUUUUAUAAAGUACAUACAUACAUAAUCCUGUCAUUAAGCAGCUCAUCCCUGCAUUCUUAUGAAAGAUAAAAAUUACACCAUGGGUAAAUAAAUACUUACAGUUCCAUCCUGCAAAAGACUGCCUUGCUGCAAGUCAGUGUCUUCAUUUGGAAAACUAAGGCUCAGUGUUACCAGAGGAAUGCCUAUUUUUGGGAUAUUUGGUCUGACACACGUGUGCCCUGCAUGUGGAACCUCACACAAGCAGCAAAGCUGACCGGCGUCGCAGUCAGCCUGAGCUGAAAGAUUCAAGACAAUUCCUUCUGCUAUAUACAGACACACAUAGAUGAUAUUUAAGGUCCCUUCCAACCCAAACCAUUGCGGGAUUCUAUGAGACGCUGUAGAUCUUUGGCUCUGUUGGCAUUUCGGGUCUGGUUGAUUGCAACCCCACUUACAGACAUGGGGUGCCCCCAGCACUAACACAGGCACAACAACCCCGCCGAGUCUGGGCAGGGUCAGGCUUGUGUUGGUCUGCCCAGGUAGUCCAAAUCACGGGAUUUAAAAGCAGCCUGGGCCUCUAAGCAAAGCUACUGCACAUCUGCAACCUCAGCUGGUCUGCUGAGGCAACCUCAGCAGCUGGAAACCUCGGCCAAGUCAUCCGAGCUUCCCGACACAGGCUUGAGUCGGAGGUGGGGGGAGACGUGGAUGUGUUCUACCACAAGCUGGUAGUAACAAAACAUGGUUAGUUGAGCAAGAGGGUAAACAUGGGGAUCACCCCUUAAUUUUUAUAGAAACCAGAUUUCGUAAAUUCUUGCAAGGUCAUAAGAAGGCGCCACCAGCAAGCGGAGCGGGUAAAUUGACAGCAGAUGGAUGAAAGGCACGAGGAACUCCAGGAUCAGUCACUUCAUAGGGAAGACAGGUAUCUGCAACAUGGGGGAGAAAGCUCUUCUUCUUACUUCACUUAGGAGUGUGGGGAACAACAUUCUCAGGUUUCUCUGGGAGGGAGAUGAGAGGGCAAUCACAAUUCUUGAAAUAUAAAACACAUCCCUGCACUUUGUGGAUUAGUAAAUUAUGGUGGUAUUGAGAAAUGCUACUACACUGUUAACACAGAACAUAACACAAAAAGUGUCAGGGAAGAGGAAAAAUUAGUCUAAUAAAUGAAAUGACGCACGAAGUCUUACCGCUUGUAAUUUGCCAAGGCUGGAAACUCUGAGGCAGCCAAAUAAUCUCUGAUAGGACCUACCAGGUGUUUCAUAGGAUGCAUUCUGGAGCACAGAUCUAGAAUAUCCACACUUCUGCAACCUUAAGCAAUGGUAUUUAUUAAAAACAAAGUCUGUCCUACUUUAUAAUAAAUUACGAUCCAUUCA